UGCUAAUAUUAAAUUUGAGAAUGUAGCAUCUUCUUGUGUUGUUUUCCCUUUGGAUGAGUUAGCAAGGAUCCAAUAACUUCGUCAAAAAAAAUUCCCCCAACGGUACAAUUUCACAUGGACGCCGCUAACAUCCUAACAUAAGAUACAUGCAUACAAAUAAACAAUUCCACCAAAGCACAGUAACGUGCCAUCACAUAACAACUACUAGUGCAAGUUUCAAACUUUUUAUAUAUAUUAUGGGAAAACGUUGAUCUUGAAAGAAUCACUGAAAACUUAGAUAAUGGGGAAUUGCUCCAUUAAGGGUACCACUGGAGAAUGCCACCAUACUAUCCGUAUCCUGAGUGAUAGUGGUGCCAUUUUACAGUUCAAAGGUCCUACAACUGUUGGCCAAGUGCUCCAGCAUUACCCAGGCUAUGGUGUUUUCCUCUGGGGUCAUCCCUCAACACCAUUGCAGGUCCAUGAGACCUUAGCCUAUGGUAUUUUCUAUUACCUUCUUCCCCUGAAGGGGAAAGCCCCAGCGGAGGACCAGAUACCUAGUAAUGGGGUUUCAGCACAAGGGGAAGGCCAAGAGCUUCUUCAAUGGUCAGAGGUAGAGUCAAAGAAGAGCGAUGAUACUGAGCAACCUAAUAAGUUGCCGUGUGCUGAAGGGGCAUGCAAUUAUGUCCAGAACUUGUCUCCCGGGUCAGCUCUCGAAGUGCUGCCUUCGGCUAAGAAUGGGGUGUGGAGAGUGAAGCUGGUGAUUGGCACAAGGCAGCUAGAGGAGAUUUUGUCGGAGCAGGUGAACACGGAGGCGCUGAUCGAGAAGAUGAGGAUGGCUGCAAGUAGUAGCCCUACAAGGAGCAGAACCAUGGCCACUUGGAAAGUUGGGUGGAAGCCAACACUCUUCCAUACAUUGUUGGCACCUAUUUCCCGUGCAAGAAUCACUGCUUCAGAGUAUAGCUUUGGUUCGGGUUAAGGAAUGGCUUCAUCAGCUUCCAGCUGUUUAUAACAAUCCAUCAAGAGGAGCACUUUGUGAGUAUGUUAGAUCUUUCCUAACAAGAUCUAGAAGUUCUAGGUACAUCUAAGCUUAGGGUCUUGUGUUUUUGACGACCUGUCCAAAAUAUCAAUGAAAUUUUAUGAUUAUGAAUGCCAAAGAAUAGACGCUUGACAUUUCUACAUUGUGUAUCUAUAACUACUUUCCGCACCACGACAUGAAAGUUGUUAAAUAUUAAAUCUUCUGUAUGUAAUAAAAAUGCCAUGAAAUAAACAAUGAUCGGCAACCAAAGACUCUUAACACUGGAA